CUUUCAAAUUGUAUGCCAUCACCAUGUCCUAUCAACUCCACUGCCGGACACCUACCUCCUCUCUUUGUGGCCAUCAUUCAGUUUCUGUUAUCUGUUGAGAAGUAUGUGGAAAACAAGGAGCUCCUAGCCAUCAUUUCUGCUUUCAAGGAAUGCAGAAGGAACAGUCCAGCAAAUACUGACCACUGUUAUCUAGAGAUUGUAAAGUCUACCGAAUGGUUGUCUCCCAAGCAAGUUCAGUGGAGUUUGUCCCUUAAUGAAGUCCAAUUUCCUGGAGGUCUGGAAACAUGGACCCAAACAAUGGUUCAGUAGAAGAUAAUUUGCUAGAGGAGAUGAUGGAAAUUACAGGUCAGAACCUCAUUACAAUAAAGGUCGAUGACCAUUACAAAUUCAUCAAACAACUGGGAAAAGGAAAAUAUGGUCAAGUGACUCUGGUAAUCCAUCGUCAAAAAGGAACACCUAUGGCUUUAAAACUCCUGCCAAAGACUUUUACCAAGCGGCAAAACUUUCUGUAUGAAUACUGUGUGGCUCUCUGUCUUUCAUCUCACCCAAACAUCAUUGGGAUGUUCGGCAUUGCAUUUGAAUCUUCUGAUCACUAUGGGUUCUUGUAUGAAGUUGCUCUGCAUCAGGAUCUUAUCUCCAUUAUAAAGCCAACAGAAGGUGUGCCGGAAGCGGUUGCCAAAUUAUGCACCAAUCAACUAGUCAGCGCGCUUGAGUACAUUCAUAGCAAAGGUCUGGUCUACAGAGAUGUCAAGCCUGAAAACGUGCUUCUUUUUGGUCCUGACUGUCAAAGAAUCAAACUAACAGACUUUGGCUUAACUCGUCCCAAGGGUACGAUGCUUAAACUUGUUUCGGGGGUCAUCCCCUACACUGCACCGGAAUUGAGCAAUACUCAGAAUGGAGACGCAGUAUCAAUAGAUUUCGCUCUUGAUGCCUGGGCCUUUGGAGUGCUUCUCUUCUGUUUGCUGACAGGGUAUUUCCCAUGGGAACAAACUGUAGCAUCUGACCCAUUCUUUGAAGACUUUAUCAUAUGGCAGGAAACUGGAAGCCAUGAACAUUUAGCUUGGCACUGGAAAAAAUUGACAUCCGAGGCGAUGGAUAUGCUCAAGCAGUUAUUGGCCUUAAAUCCAUGUAACAGGAGUCCUGUGAGCAAAGCCCUAUGGUAUUUGGACUAUGCAUGGAAGGCGGAUACAUGGAAAUAAGCGGCCUACUUACACAGUCCCUCCUCCCUGUACAUUUAAUAUUAAAAUUUACAUUUAUGCUAUUCUGUAGUAUUGUAAUGCCAUGUAUUUAAGCAAGCAGUAAAGCGGUGUCUUCUAAAAGCA